AACGUGACUGCUUUGGCCAAGAGAGUGUGACACGUAUGACAUUGGGUGACUUCAGAGGCUUCCACCUCGUCUGUGAGAACACUGAGGUGUGCAUCCCUGAGCCCCAUGUAAGAGGCUGGAGACGCCUCAUGGAGCUGCUCCGGUUGACAUUUCCAGCUAGGCCUCACCUUCUCACAUUCCCACGAGGCUGGAAGCAGGACCCUCUAGACCAGCCCAUCCACCAGUGAGAUACCAUGAGCGAAUUUCAUCAGCACCCUGGAGAACAGAAGAAUCACCCAGCUGAGCUUUGCCCAAAUUCCUAUCCUACACAAUGGAAAGGUUAAGAAACUUCAAGGAACUUCAAGCCAAAUUUCAGAAGCUUGAUGCGUCGGCUCUUCCAGGAGUUAUUAAAUUCCCAGCAGGUGUUUCUCAAAAGGGUGACAUUGGAAGCACACAGCCCACAAGGAUUUUGGCCAAUGGGAAACCCCUCUCAUCCAACCACAAUCAGUCCCCACCAUAUUGUCCCAGUGGUGAACCCCAGCCUUUUAAACCCCAGAAAAUGAAGUUGGCCCAGAGGAGUGAGAUUCAGAAAUGUUCUGAUUCCCCAGGACCUCCAGGAAGCUCUGCUAGUUCUGCAGUAAAUUCACAGAAGGCAUCUCUGCUGUUAGAUGUGAAUCAGUCAAAUGCUGAGAUAACCAAUGAGAAAGUAAUGGUGACCAGUAGCUUCAGAGACAAGCUCUGGAACUGGGAGAAGGUUUCAUCUCAGAAAAAUGACGUGUCAUCAGCCUUUCUUCUUGCCAAUUGUGGAAGUAGGGCCAUCCAUCUGGAAAAGCAGGAAAGCAUGGGGGUUGCUCCAGAGGAGCCCAGGAAAAAGCUGGAAACCAAAGGUGCCCAGACCCUUCCUUCCCAGAGGCACUUGAUGGCCCAAAGAAAAUCACGUGCUGCCUCUGAAGAUCCUACUUUUCUACUUUCUCAACAUGACAAGAAGAGCCUAGAAAACCCCAGUCCUGAGAGAAGCCCAGCAGAGAGCUCCUGCCAGCCUGUCUAUGAUAGUGAGCUCAUCAGCCAGGCCCCAGAAAAACAGCCAGAUGUCAGGCAUCACCAACUUCCCAAAACGAAGCCACUGCCUUCCGUGGAGUCCCUGGGUCCACCUCCCCGAAAGCCGCCCAAGCCCCCGCUGGUGAACCUCCAGGACUUCCAGAGGCAGAGGCGGAGGCGGAGGCAGACAGCGGCUGCACCCAGAACCCACAGGGAAGCCACCGUGGAAGAAGGUGACCUGCCUCCAGGGAGUGCUGAAUUUGAAGAACCGCAUAAUUACGAGGCAACAAUUUCGUAUCUGAGACACUCUAGCAACUCCAUUAACCCGUGCACCGCAAAAGAAAUGGCUGAUUCAACUUAUGAAGUUGGAAUCGAAGAACUCCAAAAGCCUUGGAAGAGUUCUCUCCAUCAAGAGCUUAGCCCUAAAUAUGAAGAUGAAGAUAAAAACACGAAGGAAAAGGAGCCAUGUGAAUUGGAAUCUCGUAAAUCAGAAAAGGACCCACCUUCAAACCAUCUUGUCAAGGUGGGUGCCCAUGACGGCACACCUGGAAAAGUCCAGGUGAUGAAAGUCCACAGCGGUAAAAGGAACGUGCAGGCUGGGAAGCAGGACGCUGUAAUCGACGUCAUCCAGACACAGGCCUGUCCCGAGGACCCGAAGCUGGCCAGGCUCUCGCAAGACCACGGUGGGUAUGUGGAGGCCUUGGAGGUGACUAAAGAAAUCCCAGGCCAAGGAGCCUUUCAGCCAAAUUCCAUCUCAGAGGAGAUUUACGAUGAUGUUGAGUACCCUGGGAGAGAGGGACCGAAGUCAGACUUCGCUAACUCGUUUGCCUCAUAUAAUGAAGAAAAUAGUGAAGAAACGUAUGAAGAUAUCUACAAAGCAAAGAGCAACUACUCAAAGAUAGAUUUAGAUGGAAAAGAAGCUCUUAAGAGACUGCAAAGAUUUUUCAAGAAAGAAAAGGAUAAAUUUAAAAUGAGGAAAACCAAGUCGAAAGAAAAUUUAAGUGCGUUUUCCAUUUCGCUGCCUGAUUUAGAACUUAGGUCUCAAGAAGUUAUUAUCUAUGAUGAUGUGGACAUAAACGAAAAAGAGUCCAAAGAUGAAGAUAAACUAAAAGCUUGGAAGCCCAAGUUUUUGAUACCAAAGGAAAAAAAAGAGAAGAAAGGUGCUGAAGAAUCAGAAGGUUUAUCUCCUAGAAAUUUCUUCAGACCUAAGAAGCAAAACUUAGAAAAGAACAGAAUGGAAAGAGAAGAAAAACUUUUUAGAGAAAGAUUUGAGUAUGACAAAGAGAUCACUGUCAUCAACACAGCAGUGGCAUGUAGCAAUAAUUCAAGAAAUGGAAUAUUUGAUUUGCCAAUAACCCCUGGAGAAGAGCUGGAAGUCAUUGAUAUCACUGAAGAAAAUCUAGUGAUAUGUCGCAAUUCGAAAGGCAAAUAUGGAUACGUGCUAAUUGAACAUCUAGAUUUCAAGCAUCAAGGUUGGUCACCUUAGGAAGAUGGAGAUCGAUGGUUUGGGCUGCCCAAGUGAGAACUAGUUCUGAGAUCUUAGCCCUGCCUCCCAUCAGUUUCAGUUUACACAUCAAAUUGAGGUGGCAGAAUCUGUGGAAACUUCCCUUAGGAAUUUAGAAGAGAAAAAGAAAAACACUUCCUCCACAUUGAGAUGUUGCUUUUACUCCUAAAUGGUUACUCCAAUGUCUGUUUCAGUAUCUGUUUCACUGCUGGCUCAAGAGGAUGUGAGCAGCGUGUUAGCAUUUGAACACUUGCACACAUGCACAGUGAGAAACCAUGCCUUUGGCACCUAGUCAGCUGUGCAGAUGGCUAGUUUGCUUCUAAUAUUAGUACACAAGUGUUUAUAAUUUCUAGAAGAUGUUGUAUGUUUAAAUUCGGUGUAAUUUAAUUCUGAAAAGUAAAUAGUAUAACCAAAGUCUAACCUUAAAAUAAUGAUGUGUCUUUGUACUUUGUCAUAAAACCAAAAUCAGACAAAUACUGCUCAAAAUUGGUUUCUUUUGUAAAUAGUAUUCUGAAAAUGUAUUCCUAAAUUCACCCAAUAUCAUUUUAAGAAGUAUCUAAAUAUAUUUAACAAAGUUUAAAUAAUAUAUAUGCUGUAUCAGUUUAAUAUAUCCUCUUGUGCACAACAAGAAAAAUAGUUUUUGUCUAUGCCUGAACAGCUAUUCAAAUAGAAUUCAUACGUAUUUUUACUUACAUGAAAGAAAAAGAAAAGCCGAGCUAUAAUAAUAUUUUAUUUUUUAAGGGAUGUACACUGCCUUUUAAGCUUCUAGGCUCUUUUAUCUUCUUUUCAUGUUCCAAAUGGCAGUGGCCAGGAAAGGCCAAGCUCCCUCUGGAAGACAGGAAUCAAAAGUACUCCCAGAGUUGAGAAAGGGCACUAAGAAAGGAAUGACACGCCUAGAUCAAGAAAGGCUCUGCAGUUAAGGCGACCCUGAAGCUUGGUCUUUAAACACAAGGACCCCUGCUGGACACGGCACAGAGAUGCACAAGCCGUGCUGUCUGGCGGGAACGGCAGGCGCUGGGGGGUGAGCUGGGGUCACAAUGGGACAGAUUUCACUUGGAUCUUUUCCUCCAGAGAGUGGGGAGCAUUCUAAGGUCUUAAGCAGGAAGGAAUGCCAGAUGUUUAGAGAGAAAAGAGAAAAAAACAAUCACAGCAAUAUGGGUGAUAGACUAGAGAAAGGAGUUGUUUUUGCAAUAUUCUAGGCAAAAGAGCAUUAGACCUUAAUAUAAGACAGCAGCAAUAGAAAUAUAUAGUACAGGAGCCCCGUUAGAGGUAUUACAGAGGUAAGGAAACAGAAUGUCUUGGUGACUGAUUAGAGGUGAGAGAGAAUUAGGGAAUGACUCUGAAAUUGCUUUUUUGGGAGAUGAGAUUAAGGCAGGUAACAAAGCUUGGGAAUAUAUAUCUGCUGGGACCCCUCUGAAUUUACUCAGUGAGAGGAAGGGCCAUCAGGCAGCUGCAGCCCUGUCCCACACUCCAGGGCAGGACUUGUUACGCUGGGCAUUGGAGAGGACGAGAGUAAGUACGGCCUGUGGGCAAGGAGGUGAGUGAGAGAGAAAGAACAGGGCUAUGCCGAGCAGAGACGUUUCAUGCAAUAAUCCUGUCCAAAAGAAAAUCGUAAACCAUAUAUCACUCUCGCCACCUCACAAAAACAUGAAGUAUUUUCAAUCCUAGAGUGGCAGAGGGACUAAACUUGAACUGGGACAGGUCUGCCCACGCACUCUCCAUCUCAUCGCAAGGGCGGAUGAGGAACGCCUUCUCGUUCUGCUUCCAUGACUCAGCUCUGAGCCUCAAUUUCCUCAUCAGUAAAACAGGGCUAGUAACAUACUCACCUGGUCUACUUCACAGGCUUGUUCUCAGGCUGUAAUGUAUUAAUAUAAAUAAGUGUCUAAACCCUUAAUACACAAUACUGUCAAAGUGCUGUUAUUUUAGUACCUGGCCUUUUCUGAAGUUGGAAAAUGCUGAAAACAAAAAUGUUUUUUGAAAUUCAAAUCUUACGACUUGAAAGAAUGGCUAGGAUGUAAUAAUUAAUUUUACAUUCAUAUAUUUAAUAGGUUUUUAAAACUGAACAUUCUUCUAUGUUUUUAAAGUAUAAACCAUCUGGCCUAAUAUAAACUAGUACCUAAUUGCUAUUAUUGACACGGAGUAUAUUUUUAGGAAAAAUAACUGCUUCUAUCCAUACUCAAGGUGGUUGUUUCCAUUUCACUGUCAGCCACAUUUCUUCCAUUGUUUAAAUCAUAGCAUUGAAACCAAAUUUCUCACACUAUUGAUCUGCAAGCUUCUUUAAAGUAAACACUAUAACUAAGACUUCAGUGAUGUCCCAAGCAGAUGUCAUCUAUCUCCUAGAAAUCCUAAUCUAGCAUAAAGUUUCAAUGGAAAGACUGAGGUUCUAUCUCACUUUUAAUUUUACAUAAAAAGGUAUCAGUGAAGAUAACAACAUUCUGUCAGAUGAAAGACAGCAUGCAGAGGUAGUUGACCCUAACAGAGGCCGACGCUGGCCCAUCAAAUCCAUCUGCAGGCUGGGCCACCGCAGCAACCUGCUAACAGGCACCAAUAAAAUGUUCCCGUCCUUUUUCUGAGUGCCGCUUGGCGUUCCAAGAUAACAUGGCAUUCUCUUGACCAGCCCCUCUCCUGCACAUCUUUAGAACUUUUAAAAUGCUAGAUUCUAGGGGUAAGAAUAGGAAAAGAAAACAAAAUGAGGAUAUAAUAAGAAACGCCAAAGAAGUGAUUACUUCUGGGUAACAGGGUUAGGACGACUUUUUUUCAGCUUCUUCAAACUUCCUGUACUUUUUAAAUUUCCUUCAGUAAGCAUGCAUUACCUAUGCAAUUUAGGAAAUAAAGGAAAAAUGUUUUAACUAAUAAACAAAUCCAUUCUUCUCUUUAAAGUUUGCAUAAAGCAAAUUAAAAUCUUUACUUCUGUAUCUUGACUUUGAUGUGUGUUGUUCUGUUUUCUUUUGUUUUGUUUUUUGAGGAAGAUUAGCCCUGAUCUAACAUCUCCCGCCAAUCCUCCUCUUUUUGCUGAGGAAGACUGGCCCUGAGCUAACAUCCGUGCCCAUCUUCCUCUACUUUAUAUGUGGGACGCCUACCACAGCAUGGCUUGACAGGAGGUGCCAUGUUCGCACCCAGGAUGCAAAGCAGCGAACCCCGGGGCACCAAAGCUGACCGUGCGCACUUAACCGCUGCGCCACGGGGCCGGCCCCUGAUGUGUUUUUAAGGAAGGCUAGAGUACAAUGCUUUUCAAAAAGUUGCUUUUACAUAUGUAAAUAUGGAAGGUGACCAUUAUCGGUACGUAAGAUCACACCUACGUUGCUUCUCUAACCUCAGCAGGCUUUAGUGUAAAAUUCUGUUGUUAGCCUGAGAUCUUCUAGGCCUUUCCCUCCUUAUUCUACGGCUGUGGUAAGGAGAAUUUGACCUCUGUGAUCUUCAUGCCCUGGUAUUACACCUGUAAAUAUGUGACUUGGCAAAAGGGACUUCACAGAUGAAAUUAAGGUUGCUAACCAUAUGAAGCCUAUUUAAUCGCAUGGGCCCUUAAAAUCAGAAGAGGAAGGCAGAAGAGGCAGUCAGCCAGUCAGAGAGAGGGAGUGGAAGAAGAGGCAGGACACAUCUGUAGCAUGAGCCCCCUGUUGCUGGCUUUGAAGACGAAGGGAGCCGUAGGCCAGGGAAUGAUGGUGGCCUCUAGAAGCUUCAAAUGACCCCUAGCCAAGAGCCAGAAAGGAAAUGGGACCUUAGUCCCACAGCAGCACCAUGGAACUGAAUUGUGCAAACCACCUGAAUGAGCCUUGAAACAGAUUCUCUCCCAGAGCCCAGCCCCACCAAAGCUUGGGGUUUCAGCCUUGAGUGACUUGAAACAGAAACAGCAGCUAAGCCUACCAAACUUCUGACUUACGAAAGUGUAAGACGAUAAAUUUAUGUUGUCACUAAAUUUGUAGUAAUUUGUUAUAGCAGCAAUAGAAAACUAAUACAAUGGCUGAAGUUGGAAACUACAAUUUACAACAAAGAUGACCAAAGUGGACAAAGAGGGUAUAAAAUCUCCAAGGAACCACGGCAAUCUUUUCCUACAACAGCUUUCUUUGUAACUAUUCACUGACAUGCAGAAUAUUAGGUUAAUGACUGAACAGAAACAAAAACAGCUUUCAAAUGAACCAGAGACUUUAAUGUGAUUUUGUGAAAAAAGCUUAUAAGCAAUCAGAUAGGCUGCUUUUCUCUUCUGUUUGUCACCUAUGAGUUUGCACAGUGCAAAUAUGAACUGGGGAGAAACUGUGACUACGAAACGCUGUGUAAUCCAAGAAGACAGCUUCACCGGUGUUACUGGAAGGCAAAUCCUGCCCACUGACCAUUUCACACUCACGAAAAACACGUAACAAACAAAACUGAAAUUUGAAUCUAUGGUUAUUAAAACUGCGAAAAAGCACUGGGAGUCUGGUCUUUUUUUUCUUUCUUCCCGAGACAAAAUAUAAAAAGCAAUCACAAUUUCAACAGUUUAAAAAAAAUUUAAUAGAUUUUAAAAUUUUAAUUUAAUCAAGUGCUCAAUGGGUUAAUGUAUCAGCCUACGGGAUUUUUUUUUCUUUUUCAAACAUGGGCUAGAAAGAAUAAAUGCAGGAUGUUCAUGAAAAAAAUUUGAAUAAUUAAUAUCUGACCUUACAUUUUCUUAUGAUUGUCAUGGACAUGGCCUAGUGAUUGUCAACUUUCAGUUUUAUUUGUUGCACUCAAGAUUCAAUGUAUGAUAUUUAGGCAUACAUGAUAAAGAACACAAGCAUUCUUCCUACAACAUUAAGGUUACUACACUUAGAGUUCACAGUUUUACCACAAUUUACAUUAAAUACUCAAAACAUUGUACAACCAUCAAUAUUUGUGAAUAGUCUUGAGAAAAAGCUGUAUUUUGGUACAUUAAGGCAGCUUCAGCCCACAUUUUAGGAAGUUCUGAAUAUUUGUUGCAAUAAAAGACAACUUUAAUAUCUGAAUAUUCAGUGUUUUCAAGAAACUUUAAGUCACUUAAAAUAAGAAUAGCAUAAUUUGUGAAAGUGUCGUCUUACACAUUUUUACCACUAUAUUCUUACCACAUAAAACUUACCUAAAAUCAAGAUACACGUCUUAUCAGUAUCAAAGAUAGCUAUUUUAAAAAGAAAGGAAGGGAUUUACAUUAAAUAUGAGGAUGAUAAACCCUGUAUUUAAACAAGGGCCUUCAAAGAGCUUCUCACACAUGUCUGUGAGGUAGGUCAUUACCCACGUUUUGCAGAUGAGAGAACUGAAUGAGGUUACGUGACUUGCUGCCCACCGCAGCCGAGCUGAGAAUCAAUUCCAAAUGAGGUUUUCAUCUUUGCUCUGCAUUGUUUCUUUCCUUUAUAAACUUUUUAAAGGGUUGCAAUAUAAAGAUUGUUAUUAAUUGCAUUCAUUUUAACAACCUGUACAGGAAGGCAGCCAAAAUUUGACCAAGUCAGCUUAACAAGGAAGCAACAGAGCAGAAACAGAAGCAUCGUCUAGCGGGUGACGCGGACGCGACAGGGGAGGGCCGGCCACAGGGGCCUCCAACAACAGGCGGAGCCAACAGACUUAAGGAAAAAUGCGAGGAAUCAGGGAGAAGGAAAAUACAGUUCAAAUAAGUUUUUUACUAAUUAUUACUGUUCCUGUAAAUUAAAAGAAGGCACAAUUAAGGUGUUAUUUUUUUAGACCAGUGGAUCUGUCUCUCUUUUCCAUUUUAGGAAAAUGUUAUCUGUCUAGAAAAAUGGCCUGCCUUUAUAACAAAACUUAUUUAAAAUGGACUUUUAGCUGUGAAAAAUGCAUGCUUAAAUUAGCAGCAAAAAAUUAACUAUGCGGUUUUCCUUGGCUAGAAUGUUCCUACUUCUCCUUGAAAUUUUAAAUCGACACAAAGUAGCAAACCCCGAAUAAAAAAAACCCAAAACAUUGUAUGAACCUUGUCAAAAUUCUAUUUAUGUUCAAAACAGUUUUCAUGCUAGGAUAUUCUACAAAUACUUUUUUUCCUGGAAAGGGUGCUCUACUCUAGGAUUUCCUAUUAAUUGCACUUUAAAUGUAACUCAAAUUUAUCUACCCUGCUUGUCCAAAUAAUCAUGAGCUACUUCCAUAAAAUCUAAACUGCUUUACAUAUAAACAAGAGUUACCAAAAGUCACAUCCACAGUCACAGCUGCAAACAGGCAUUGCUAUGCAAGGCUGGCAGUAAACAUUAACAUUGGCUCACAAAAUACAUACAGGCCCACAGUCUGGUAACUUCUAGACCCAGCCUGAUUCCUAUCAGGUUAUGGCUGAAAAAGUUUAAUUAAAACUCAACCCAGUCUGGACUGUGGGUCCUGUUCUCUAUGCUGUUACUGUUCAGUGGCAUCAAAUGCAUCAUAACCGUAUGUGGGAAAGGCUAGUAAGGAUGCCAGCAACUUGUUUAAAUAAGAUUUAUAUAAUUUUUAAAGCUCAUCAAACAUAAAUUACAUUUCAAAGUUUCAUAAGGGAGACUAUCAAGCUGAUAAUAGGUAGUUCGUGAAUAGAAAUAUACUCUAUGAAAAUAGUGUUUUAUCUUCUAAUAGGCACACAAAACAAAAAAUUAUCAAUCUGUAUAUGAAAUUUAGAUAAGCCUAAUUCAUAUAAUAGUCAAACACUAUGAUAAUUUAAGAUAGGGGCUGGGGCUAAUUUUACUUUUUAAAAAAGAUUGUGCUAUAAGAAUCAUGUAAAUAAAAUUACAGGAAGAAUCGUGUCCUAAAAAGUUUCUUCAGUAUUUUUUAAGCACCCUCAAUAACUUAGAAGUACUUAUAAAAAUCAAUAUGCUAAUCAUAAAUACUUCAGAUAAUUACACUUAGUACAAUCAACUGGUUCAAAUAAUUAAACUAAGAAAUAUUCAGUUAAGACUACUUUUGUCACUCUAAGACUUAAAAGCAAUACGUCUGUGUUUAUUUUUAUGACUCAACUACCCAGAUGUUUCAGUGAUUCAGACCAUCCUCCCCGGAGGAAGCUGGCAUGCAAAGAGCAGGGGCCAUCGGUGAGUGCUUGUAUGGCAUUACAGCUUUACGAAGAGCUUUCUGGUCCUGCUUCCUCAUCUGGAAAAUGGUUACCUCACAAGGUUACUGCAAAGGAUCAAAUAAGUGAGUAGACAUGGAAGAUUUCUGGAUCUAAACAUUACUAUAAAACGUGUCGAACACUUCCACCACUCCACAUUAGUAAUAUUUUGCUUUACACCAAGUGUACACGAUGUGUUAACAUGUUUGGUUUUCUGGAUGAUUUUUGCCAUUUGUAUUUCAGAGGGCAGCUAUAUUUAGAAAAAUAUUCAAGUAUAUAUCUUCAAAAUGCAUCACCAAACAAAUAUAGAACAUUCACACUAUAGAAAAACUCUAAAUAUAUAAAAAGUGAACACUAAUACAAAUCAUAUGAGAAGACAGAACUUUAAAGCUCAAAGGUACUUCAGAGGUCUUUUCAUCUGUCCCUCCCAUUUUAGAGGUCACAAAAGUGAGGCCCAGCAUAGCAUGUGACUUACCAACAGAUUGCACAUAUCCCUCAUCCAGAAUUUUUAAUAAAGUAGAAUCUCUGAGAACUAUUAUUCAAAUAAAUUACAUUUCCUAUUUUAAAAGUCACAGAGUGACAAGACAACCAAGUAAAGAAAUGCUAGAUUGAAAAGGUGGGGGAGUCUUUAAAAACAGACAAAACUGAGAACCUGUCUAGCAUUUAGAUACUGAGAUUUCACAACUAUUAAUAGGAUUUACAUGAUUAACCAGUGAAGAGAGAAAGAUGCAGUGUCUGUGGGUGGCACGUUCCAAGCUUCUUAAAUAAAAGGUACAGUGCUCAUAUUAACUCAGUAUACUGUACAUUAAGAGAGGCUACAGAUAAAUCCAAAUAGGCAAAUAAUCUGUAACAAUUGUCUAUAAUUAUUUUCUCAGUUAUGUCUCAUCUAAUACUUAAAAUCAACUUGUAUUCCCUGAGUACAAACUGGCCAGGGAAUAAGAGAAAGUGAACCCAGAAUUAUGUAACUAUUAUGGAAAACCUAUUUGCAGAAAAUGGAGAAUUUCUGUAUGACAUAGAGCCAAUUCUCUGACAUAGAAAUACUAUUAUUUCUGAUUAAUUUAGGCUCCUGGAUUCUCUUUAUAGAUGGCUAGUAUCAAGGAAUGCAAGUACUAGAGAUUACAAAAGUGUCCCUUAAAAGUUUGUUGAUCAAAAUAAAAAGCCAACUUUUAACAGUUCUCUCCCUCCAUAUUCAUUUUGAGAUGUUGUUUGUUCCUAUGUUAAAGGAUAACAGGGAUUAAAUCUAAAUACGGCGUCUAUAGGAAAGUAUUUAGAAAAUGUUCACCACCUAUACAUUUUGAAAGUAAGAACCAAUGAUAUUGACUCAUUACUCACAGAGCCAUAAGCAUGAGUCACCAGUCUUAGUCCUUUUUCACAAGUAAUCUUGUUUAAGGUUGCUCAGUUAUCCAGUCAAUACAAAAAAGAAUCAGUUUUGCUCCCAAACUACACCACAACCUGAUUACAAAGAUCCAGGUGUAUGAAAUAAGUUACACAUAUAUAAAAUUCUACUUAGUCCAGCAUUUGCUCAAGAUAAAAAUGCCCACAGGUUAAAACGAAAUUAUUCUGAUUUUGAACUAGAUUCUCUCCAACAAAUGAGAAAGGAAAAGGAAAGCUUAAUUGUAUUCUUAAGUACCCUGACUAUGACGACCUGGACCAAAAAUUUUUCUAAAAUAGUAUUUGCCAAAUUUGCCAAAAUUGCUUUUCCCCAGGGGAUAAUAAGUGUAAAAAGAUGGUCAACUCGGGCAAAGCAGGUUCAAUAGUUUUCUUUUGUUUUCACAGAAGGACUUGUCAAAGUCUUUAGUGUUCAUUUCCAUUGUCAUCCUCAAGCAGGAGUAGCCUGUAACGUUUUCCAAUUUGUUCAAUGGAAUCACCUGUCUGCAGAGCAUCUGACAGGACCCAGGCUGGGAAAGGCUGCUGGAGAAUCACAUGGAGUCCAUUCCAUGAGAGAGCUACGCCUUAUAACAGCAGCUCUCCUGCAGAAUCUUAACCAGAAGGAACUGUUCCUGCCCCAUCUGACCUCCACAAUUAACCAGUUUUCAAGACUGAAAUGUGGGAAUUUAGCAACUGAUUCUUUCCCUCAAAAAGCAUCCUAUGACCACGUGCUGCCCCAGCGCGCCAGCGAGCCUCUUGAAUCCUCUCUCCACAACCAGUCACUGUACCACCCACAC